GCCAAAAUGGAAAAUGGUCCGGCCGCCGGAAAUUUCGCUCCUUUCACGGCACAACCACAGCGCUGAUUAUUCUUCUCCCUUUUUUUUUUUUUUUUUGGUUGCCCUUUCGGGUUUUUUCCAUUGCCUAUCAGCAUAAGACGCAUGCCCAACUGUCCCGCAUUUUUUUUCGCAUGCAAACCCGAAAUUCGCCGAUCCAACGACUCUCCGGCGAUGCCUUCUCCGGCCACCCGACCCAAUCCCCAAGAACACCACCAUCCCAAGCACCGCGAAGACGACGAAGAGAACCGACUCUUAACCUCCAAGCCCCUUCACUCACCUCCUCCUCCUACCUCUCCGUCAUCGCCGCCGUCGUCCGACGAUGACCGCGAUCACGAGUGCGAGUACGAACCCGAGUCCGCAUUCUCGACCCGGGACAAGGUCCGGGUCUUCGACGUCGACGCCGCGUCCGAAGUCGCGCCUCCCUUCUCGUGGAAGAAGCUCUGGCUCUUCACCGGCCCCGGUUUCCUGAUGAGCAUCGCGUUCUUGGAUCCGGGCAAUCUCGAGGGAGAUCUCCAGGCCGGCGCGAUCGCCGGAUACUCGCUGCUCUGGCUGCUGAUGUGGGCGACGUUAAUGGGGCUCUUGCUGCAGAUGCUGUCGGCCCGGGUCGGCGUCGUGACGGGCCGGCACCUGGCGGAGCUGUGCAGGGAGGAGUACCCGAAAUGGACGCGGCUAGUGCUGUGGGUCAUGGCCGAGGUCACUCUCGUCGCUGCGGACAUCCAGGAGGUCAUUGGGAGCGCCAUCGGGAUCCAGGUGCUCAGCCGCGGGGUGUUGCCUCUCUGGGCCGGGGUCAUCAUCACCGCGUCAGAUUGUUUCAUGUUUUUAUUCCUUGAGAACUAUGGAGUGAGGAAAUUGGAAGCCGUUUUUGCAGUUCUCAUAUCAACAAUGGCCUUGACCUUUGCCUGCAUGUUUGCGGAGACAAAACCCAGCGGAAAAGAGCUUUUAACCGGUCUACUCCUUCCUAGACUUAGUUCAAAGACGAUUAGGCAAGCUGUGGGAGUGGUGGGCUGCGUCAUAACCCCUCACAAUGUGUUUUUACACUCUGCCUUGGUGCAGUCGAGAAAUAUUGAUCACCAGGAUAAAGGCCGGGUCCAAGAGGCACUGAAUUACUACUCCAUCGAGUCGUCGGCUGCUCUUUCAGUCAUGUUCACAAUAAAUUUGCUUGUGACAUCUGUUUUUGCCAAGGGAUUCUAUGGUACGGAAGAAGCCAAGACAAUUGGGCUAGUGAAUGCUGGGAAUUAUCUUCAGGAGAAGUAUGGGGGAGGGUUCUUUCCAAUACUUUAUAUAUGGGGUAUCGGUUUGCUAGCAGCUGGACAGAGUAGUACGAUAACCGGCACAUAUGCUGGGCAGUUCAUCAUGGAAGGUUUUCUCAACCUGCAGCUUAAGAAAUGGCUUAGGGCAACUAUCUCAAGGAGCCUUGCCAUCGUGCCCACAAUAAUAGUGGCUAUUGUCUUCAACACGUCUGAAGCUUCCCUGGACAUUUUGAAUGAAUGGCUUAAUGUGCUUCAGUGUAUACAGAUUCCUUUUGCUCUGAUACCUCUGCUCACUAUGGUAUCCCAGGAGCACCUAAUGGGUUCCUUCAAAAUUGGUCCUCUCCUCGAGAGGGUGGCCUGGACUGUGGCUGCAAUUUUGAUAAUGAUCAACGGCUAUCUGUUGGUGAAUUUCAUUACUUCAGAAGUGAAGGGGCUGCUCAUCGGUUUCUUAGUUUGCAUCGGCACAGCAGCCUAUAUAUCCUUCAUCAUAUAUCUCCUCUUGUUUGGUCGCAUAAUUUCUCCUGCUUGGGUCAGCACAAAGUUCUCUCGCAUCGGACAUUGAAUCUACAGAAAUUUUCCUCUCGCAAGAAACCCCAUAAGAAAAAAAUCUACACGAUUGGAAUGUCGCUUGAACAAGGUCGAUGCAAUUUUGUUCAUAUUCGAAGCGGCAAUCUUUUUUUGAGGAGCCAAGAGGGAAACGAACCGGAGUAGCCUAAAGGAACUGAGUACCCAGCCGUGGAGAAGCAUAGCGAACUCGCUCCAAUCAAGGUUCGCGCCUCAUAUGGUACAUUGCUUUUGUUCCUUUAUUCCCUCAUCUUCCCUCUUUAGAAAGCAGGACAUAGCAAAUGGGACAGAACAUACAUUUGGACGUCUUCUGGCUGAGAGAAAGUGAAGAAACACAGUAGAUUGUUGAUCAGAGUGCAUAGAAGAGUAGAGAGUACGAUGAAAAGGGCACCACCAAACCAAUGUGAUCGGAAUACGGGGCAUUUAUUUUCGUUAAGCCUAGCGUUGUUAAGAGUAUAAAGGUCAUAUUUAUCAAGUGAUGCAGCAAAUUCUAGUCGAU